CCAGUGUAACAAAGUAACUUUAUACGGGACGGAGGUCUUGCAGAUAGACCCUGUAGACUGUUGACACUGCACUUCUCGGGCGCCAGAUGAGAUCUUCUACAAACUAAUUUAUGCGUUUAACGUUCACUGAUCAACUGAAUCUGUUCAUUGGGGAUCUGGUGAACUUUCUGUGGGUCCCUGGAUCUUCAGCUAAAGACUGACGACGACAAGGCUGCGUCGGGUCGUCACAGGUCGGGUAACUUCUCUUGGUCGUUACUAAAUAACCGUUAGUUAACCGCGAUAUGGUCGUAUGUUGAAAUGCCUUUGUUCUCCGCUCCGUUUGUGCCUUCGGGUUCUGGCGAUUUACCAGAAGCGUUUGUGGCGUCGCUACGUGCCCUGUGGGACAUCCUGGAUGAUGGGAACUGUGGGCUUGUCUCUCUCGGGGAUAUAGAGCGUCACUGGAGACAGGACGGAACUGAACUCCGCGGAGUGGUGGAGUGUCUGCGAAAAGUAGCUCCACACGACAAAAUGCUGUCGUUCGACAUUUUCUGUAAGGGACUUCGAAUAGCCCUAUCAGGACCAGAUUGUAAGUAUCCACUCGCAGAAUUAACGUUCACUAACUGUAAACCAUUCCACAACACUGACAAGGGACAAGGUCAAGUGGUCAGUGCCCACCCCAGAACUCCUCAGCCUGUCAGAAGUUUGUCAGCGUCCGCUCUGCUCAACCAAGACAAAAAACUUCAUAAUUCUAACACAGGCAAGACAGCAAUUCUGAAUUCCAACCAAGACAAGUUAGGACUACUGAAUUCCGACCGAGUUAAGACAGGAACCCAUUCCAGCCAAGACAAGGUAGGAAUCCAGGAUUCCAGGAGCCACAGACGAACUCAGCGAGCCUUCCAGUCUGUGCCAGACUUAUCCACACAGUCCAACCCGUCCAAACAAGCAGCACGAAUCAACAAGCCAAAGUCAGAGAAGGGGAGGAUCAUGGAUAAGUUACGUCUGUGGCAGAAUGAAACGUUGGCGUUCCUGAGUGGUGAUAUGGACAGGAGCAGCAGGGGAUCAGCAGACGGCACCUCCAGCUCCUCAACAGAUAACACAGGACCUUCAUUAAGUCCACCUGGAUUUUCACCCAAACAGAAGAGGAAGGAAUUCAGGCGGCACACCCUGGCCAAUGGACUGGACUACAAUGUGCUGAAGCGAAUGAAGCAGUUGGAGCAGGAGAAAGACAUCCUGCUGCAGGGUCUGGAGACGGUGGAGCGAGCUCACGACUGGUACCACAGCCAGAUCCUCGCUGUGCAGGACAAGCAGAAGUACCUGGAUGCACAGUCACCUAGUAGUAAGCUGCUGGAUGCCAGUCAAGUUUGUAUCAACAGACUUUCAGCACAGGUGCAGGAGGUCAACCAUCAUCUCAACACCCUCCUACAGGACACAGGAGAUAAGGGUGGCCUGUCCGUGAACAUGGACCUUUUGACCUCUCACAGUGACAGGGUGGUCAGUCCAACUGUGAAGACUUCAGACAAGUGUGGACAUAUUCAGGAACUGAGUGACAAAACAGAAAAGAUUAGGAAACUAGAAGAAGAGAAGUCCCUUCUCAUUCGCCAAGUGUUUGAGGCCAGGUCACAGAUUCAAAAGAUGCAGAACCCCUCAAGGGAUUCCACUUUUAUUUAGCAUUUUAUAUAUUUCACAUGUGUAACAAUGUAUAUGUUAUCCAGAAGAGUACAGGAUGAUGAUUACUGGUCACCUUUUCAGUUAGAGAGAUAUCAAUUAACAACGUUGUGUUAUGACCUUGUACCAUAACUUACAUGUAUGCAUGGAAAGCAGUGCUAGGUAAAUCUGCAUGCUUGUUAUGUUUCCUUAAGGUAAUGUAUUGUUCUUUCUAACAAAAUGCAGCAGGGAGCAAUAUAUAACAUAAAAUGUUGGCAGUAUACUAAUUUGAAACUAAUGUUAUAAGGAGAAUGUUCUGUCUGCACUUAUGACUUGACUCAAUAGCUGUCUGUUUGCAGUUUUUUCUCUUGGCAUGACAUGGUUAUAGAAUUUUUGCUUCUUCCAUAUCAGACACUAAUUGUGUCUAUCUAUCAGAAUGACAAAAUAGCCACAGUUUUUGUCCAUCACAAGCAACCACAACCCUGCAUCCACAACCCCCAAGUAGACAUAAUAAUUAUUUCAUGUACAUGUACAUUGCACAACAAUAUUCACAGUGUAUAAAUGCAAUGUUGUAUUGUGAAAACAUCUUUAGAUAUGUGUACUCCGCUUCUGAAUGUCAGCCAUAUUGUUUGGUAUUCUAUUGCAUUUGUUUGAAGUCACAAGUAUGGAAAUGAGCAUAUUAAGUCAAUUAUGCAGCUAUAAUUUCAGGAUGUUUUGCACUGGCAGAAUGUGCUUUCCAGCGUGUAGCUGACAACUACUCAUUUGUUUCGAUGAAGGAUAGAAAUCCAGGUUAUAAGAUACGCCUGAGUAACUGCUUUUUAGCAUUACUCAUUUGUUUACUUGUGCAAUGCUCAUUUGCAUAUCUGUGACUGGACAAAUGUGGCAAUGACCUGUUUGGCUGGUGAUUUUUUGGUAGGCUGUCAUUUUAAUAUGUGCAGCUUGCUUUCAUGUGGUUUACAUAUGAGAAAUGAUGUAAAUGUAUUGAAAAUCAGUUACAAAUGUCAAACUGAAUGAAAAUAUGUAGAUUCAGAAUAUUGUUAGCUUGGCUGACCAAAUUCCACAAUAAGUGCCUUUAAUGUUUUAUCUUUUUUUAAUGAAUGGUACAUAUAUAUAUGAUUUUGCAUAUUCUGUUAAGCAUGUGCCAUUAUUUCUCUAUUGUUUCAUGAUUCGGUGUUGUUUCAAACUAUCUGUAAAUAACCAUCUUUAAGUACAUGUAAGUUUCAUACAUUGUAUUCUCUGAAGAUCUCAAAUUUAAUGUAAAAUCAAAAUGAAGCCUGAAUUUUGAAACACAGGUAUAGAAUUCAAUUGAAAAAAUACAGUUACAGUAGCAAAACUAGUUUUUCCAGGCCUGUGUUUCACCAUAGAAAAAAGUUUGAUAUCAGUUGUAUGUGAGAUGCACUUUUUACUGUACAAAGGUGAGAUAAGGCAAGAAUAAAGAAAACAAAAAAAGUUAUGUGUUUCUCAGUCUGAGCCUCAUUACAUAUUCCACUGGCCUUUCUAAGCCUUCUCAUAAUCACCCUGGCAGCCCGGUCUAAAAUUUAAUUUCAACUAGAGGUCAGAGAUCCCAUGUCGUCUUCGGUA